CCAGUUAUAAGUCUCUGAGGACUCACAGACUCCCCAGACCUGGAGGAUGCUGCUCAUGGGGUCCCCAACACCCCUCCUGCUGCUCUGGGGGGCCCUGGCCCUGACCGAGACCUGGGCGGGCCCCCACUCCCUGAGGUAUUUCUACACCGCCGUGUCCCGGCCCGGCGGCGGGGAGGCCCGGUACCUGGAAGUCGGCUACUUGGACGACACGCAGCUCGAGCGGUUCGACAGCGACUCGGAGAGUCAGAGGGCGGAGCCGCGGGCGCCCUGGAUGGAGCGGGAGGAGCCGGGCUAUUGGGACCUGAGCACGCGGACCGCCAAGAGAGACGCACAGAUUUUCCGAGUGAGCCUGCACAACCUGCGCGGCUACUACAACCAGAGCGAGGACGGGUCUCACACGCUCCAGGGGAUGUGGGGCUGUGACAUGGGGCCGGACGGGCGCCUCCUCCGCGGUUAUUUCCAGUCCGCCUACGAUGGCACCGACUACAUCGCCCUGAACGAGGACCUGCGCUCCUGGACCGCGGCCGACACCGCAGCUCAGAUCACCCAGCGCAAGUGGGAGGCGGCCGGUGUGGCUGAGCGAUUAAGGAACCUCCUGGAGGAGGACUGCCUGGAGUGGCUGCGCAGAUUCCUGGAGAAAGGGAAGGAGGAGCUGCAGCGCGCAGACCCUCCAAAGACACACGUGACCCACCACCCCAUCUCUGACCGCGAGGUCACCCUGAGGUGCUGGGCCCGGGGCUUCUACCCUGCGGACAUCAGCCUGACCUGGCAGCGUGAUGGGGAGGAGCAGACCCAGGACAUGGAGCUUGUGGAGACCCGGCCCGCGGGGGAUGGGACCUUCCAGAAGUGGGCGGCCCUGGUGGUGCCCCGUGGAGAGGAGCAGAGAUACACGUGCCAUGUGCAGCACGAGGGGCUGCCCGAGCCCCUGACCCUGAGAUGGGAGCCGUCUCCUUGGGCCACCAUCUCCCUACUGGGCCUCGUUGUGGGCCUGGUCAUCCUUGGAGCUGUGGUCGCUGUGGUCGCUGGAUUGAUGUGGAGGAGGAGGAGGAAGCUCUCAGGUGGACAAGGAGGGAGAUAUUCUCAAGCUGCCAGCAGCGAUAGUGCCCAGGGCUCUGAUGUAUCUCUCAUGGCUUCUAAAGCGUGAGGCACUUGUCCGGGACUGAGUGAUGGGAGAUUUGUUCACGCUUCCACUUUGUGAUUCUAGAACCUCUGAUUUCUUUCUACCAAAGGUUUCUGAAUAUAUGUGUUCCUAUCAGCAGAAUGUGCGGAGGUGGGAGGCUGGCCCACCCCUGUCCGCCACACCCCCUCCCCAGCCUUCCUGUCCAGCAGAGGAGGGGCUGGCCCUCCCCAUUCCUGUGUGUACUUCCUGGUGCGCUCAGCUGCAGCUUCUUACUGCCUGAUUGAAAUAAGGCUGGAUAUGCAUUCUUCUUCUCUACUUGCCAUGAAGGGGUGAUGGGUUCAUUAAAGGAGAACAGCCCGGCUGGUGUGCCUCCGUGGCUGAGUGUCCACCCAGGAACCAGGAAGUGCUGAUUGGAUUCUCUUUCAGGGCAUAUGCCCAGAUUUCAGCUCAGUUCUCACCCGGGUCAUGCAAGUGGCAGCCUAUGGAUGAUUCUCUCUCAUCAUUGAUGUUUCAAUCUGUCCCUCUUCUUUCCUCUCUCGGAAAAUCAAUAAAAACAUAUUUUUAAAAAAUUAAAGGAUAAGAUCCUAAAAUUUGAGAGGAAAUAAAUGGAAGCACCGAGAACUUGUCCGGUCCUGUGUGUUUGCUGUGCUGAGGCUGUUGCAGGGGGGACAGGAGAGGCUGUGAGGACCGAGUGUGGUCAGGGCUGUGCCCAGUUGGUUCCUGGUCUCUCUUCAGCUGGGUCACCUCUCUGCUCCUUUGUCCUUCUCCCUUCAGUAGGACCUUGUCCCACCAGGACUUUCCAUCACAGGGACUCCAACAUCACCAGGCUUUGUAAACUGUCCUCAUGAGGAACAUCUCCAAAACCGUGGGCAGCAAGGCCUUCCUGUGUGCGGGUCAGCCUAGGCUCAGGCCUGGGUCCUGCCCUCAGCCCUCAUCUUCUGGGAUUUACUUGUUGUUUCUCUGUUUGUGUAGAGGACUAUGCCUGUUUGUGUUCUUGUUGUGAGUGUUGGUCUCUUUCUUCUUUUGAGUGUCCCCUGUCCAACAUCAGCCAGAGGUGAGUUGUCUGUCAUUGUGCCCACAAGGCCCAGGGGUCCCUGCACACAAGAGUCCGUGGUCUGGAGUGUCGGGAGCGACCUCAGUUGACAAAGUCCUGAGAGGGCAGGUUUCACAAAGUGGCCUGCCUGUUCCCAAGGUUAGUCAUACAUCCUGCCCCCCUCUUAGGCUUAGAGACCCCUAAGCACAAUAGUUAGUAAUCACACAUUCAGCCCCCUAAAGCUUAGUUAACCUUUAAGCACAGUUAAUGUAUAAGCGUAAUUACCCUUCAGCAAGAAGCAUGGCUAGACUAUAUGAUGGUAAGGAAUUUAGGUGGCGUCGGGGGUGUAUGCAUAGGUAUAGCCGUUAGGAUCUUAGACAAGAUAAGGAGCUUUUUGUAAAGGUCAGUAGGAAACCUUAAACAAAGGGGUAUAAUCACGCUUACAUUAUAGGAAUGAUGUAAUGUAUGGAAUGUAACUGACCCUGUAUAAAAGUGUGGAGAAAAAUAAACUCAGGAUGGCAAGAGGGAAGUGCUUCCAUCCUCCCG